ACUUGGCGUGACCCCCGUUUGCAAGACGCGCGUUUCCCCCGCAGAGGAGCGCGCUCGCUCGCGCCCCCGACGCCCCCCAAACACGCGCGCUUCCCGCGUCGCUCGCUCGCUCGCUCGUGUCUGACGCUCGUCGGUCGGUUGGCGCGGAGCGACGAUGUGGAUCCAGAUCCGCACGAUCGACGGCAAAGAGACGCGGACGGUGGAGGAUCUGUCGCGCCUCACGAAGAUCGAGUCGCUGCGCGUCAAGAUCCGCGACAUCUUCAACGUCAAGCCGGAGCAGCAGAGGCUCUUCUACCGCGGGAAGCAGAUGGAAGAUGGCCAGACGCUCUUCGAUUAUAACGUCGGUCUGAACGACAUCGUCCAGCUUCUCAUUCGCUCACAGACGGACGCACCGGACAGCCCCUCCCUCAACAACGAUGAGGGCGUGGCCUGUGUCGUAGCCCCACCCGCCGCCGCAUCUGUCUCCGCCCCUGCAACACCCACCGCCGCAGUCGUUUCCCCAGCAACCGUCGCCAACAGCAACGGAAACGGGUCCAAGUCCUGCAGCCCGGCGCCGGACAGCCAGCCGUCCACAUCCAGCCGGACGCUGCUCAUCGAUCCCGGCUUCGGAGUCUUCAGAGUGAAUGAGCUGGUGGACUGCAGGGAUCUCAGCAUCGGAGCCUGGUUCGAGGGCUUGAUUGAGAAGGUCACUCCGGCCUCUAAAGGACAGAAUGGCCGAGCGGACACCCCCGCUCCGGCCCGGGUCGGACGACCCAGGAAACAGACUAACGGCAAGCUGGAGUCAGAGCCUUCGUCAUCCUCAUCCUCAUCAUCCACGGACACUCAGAGCACAGCGUUACACUCGGACCAACCGUCCACGUCCAGAACGGAUCCGCCGCUCGUCUCCUACCACAUUAAAUAUGAAGAUUAUCCGGAGAACGGCGUGGUGGAGCUGAGCGUGGACGAUGUUCGCCCGAGGGCCCGGACCCUGCUGCGCUUCGAUCAGCUUCAGCUCGGAGACGUGGUGAUGGUCAACUAUAACCUGGAGAACCCCGAGGAGCGAGGCUUCUGGUACGACGCUGAGAUCUCGAGCCUCAACGCCGUCUCACGCACCAACAAAGAGAUCCGCGUCAAGAUUCUUCUGGGAGGUCCGGGUGAUGUGAUUGGUGACUGUAAGCUGCAGUUUCUGGAUGAGAUUUAUAGGAUAGAGAAACCUGGAGCACCGGCGCUGUCUGCAGCAGACGGCCCCUUCAAACGUAAGACGGGUCCGGAGUGUAAGCACUGUAAGGCGGACCCGGAGGUGGAGUGUCGUUUCUGCUCGUGUUGUGUGUGUGGAGGGAAGCAGGACGCUCACAUGCAGCUGCUGUGUGACGAGUGUAACAUGGCCUUCCACAUCUACUGCCUGACCCCUCCGCUGACCUCCAUCCCCGAGGACGAGGACUGGUACUGUCCCACCUGUAAGAACGACAGCAGCGAGGUGGUCAAAGCUGGAGAGAAACUCAGAGCCAGCAAGAAGAGAUCCAAGAUGCCGUCAGCCACUACAGAGAGCCAGAGAGACUGGGGCAAGGGCAUGGCGUGUGUGGGGCGCACCAAAGAGUGCACAAUCGUCCCCUCCAAUCACUACGGACCGGUUCCCGGCGUUCCCGUCGGAACCACGUGGAAGUUCCGCGUUCAGGUGAGCGAGGCGGGUGUUCACAGGCCUCACGUCGGUGGGAUUCACGGACGCAGUAACGACGGCUCGUACUCGCUGGUGCUCGCUGGAGGAUUCGAGGACGAAGUUGACCGGGGGGAUGAGUUCACCUACACCGGCAGCGGAGGUCGCGACCUCUCGGGAAACAAGCGCAUCGGCGAGCACUCGUUCGAUCAGACGCUCACACACAUGAACAGGGCUCUGGCGCUGAACUGUGACGCCCCUCUGAACGACAAGGACGGGGCGGAGUCUCGCAACUGGAGGGCGGGAAAACCAGUGAGAGUGAUCCGCAGCUCCAAGGGCCGACGAAUCAGCAAAUACGCUCCGGAAGAGGGAAACCGCUACGACGGUAUCUAUAAGGUGGUGAAGUACUGGCCCGAGAUCGGGAAGUGUGGCUUCCUCGUCUGGAGAUACCUGCUGAGACGAGACGACCUGGAGCCAGCGCCCUGGACCCCUGAAGGCAUCGAGCGCAGCAAGAAACUCGGCCUCAAAGUCCAGUAUCCUCCGGGGUAUCUGGAGGCUAUGGCUAAUAAGACGAAGCGCGAGGCGACGGUGCGGUCGGUGGGCGGCUCGACCCGCGGCAGAAAGAGAGGAAGACCUCGAUCCACGCGACCGUCCAGAAGAGUCCAGGAGGAAGAGGAGGAGAAGCCUGCGGAGAACAACGAGGAAGAGCUGCAGAGCAACGGCAGCGCAGACGCUCACGAAGAAGAGGAGGAGGAGGAGGAGAGCUCGGCUGUGUGUGAGCCGCCCGAGGAGCCUCAGGUCAAGCGUCUGAAGGAAGUGGAGUCGUUCGUUCUGUCAGAACAGCAGAGAAACCUGAUUCAGGAAGAUGAACCCAACAGGAAGCUGUGGGACGAGGCGUUGAGCUUCCUGUCUGAGGGGCCGAACUUCCUGCGGAAGGUGGAGCAGCUGUUCAUGUGUGUUUGUUGUCAGGAGCUGUCCUUCCAGCCCGUCACCACAGAGUGUUCACACAACGUCUGCAAGACGUGUCUGCAGCGCUCGUUCCGCGCCGAGGUCUUCUCGUGUCCUGCCUGUCGUCAUGAUCUGGGCAAAGACUACGCCAUGAGCCUCAACAAAACCCUGCAGCUGCUCCUGGAUCAGUUCUUCCCCGGAUACAGCAAAGGACGAUGAAUCUGAUCCGCAAGAAAAAUGGACAAUGAUGUGUUCUCCGCACAAGCAUCACACACACACACACACACACAGACACACACACUCACACACACCAGCCUGACAUCUGUGUUCACGACCGCAAACCCAACAGAUGCUGGGACUCGAACCCUUCGACACACUUCAUGAACGUCAUCAGCGUCUGGAUCAGCAGUGACCACAGACUCCUGAAUCAGUCACACUAAUGAUACGCAAGAAUCCUGUCAGAAACACUCCCAACUCAUUCACCCCAAAAUAACAGAAUUAUACCUAUAUAAACAUAAACAUAUAUAUA